AAAAGGUCGACUGCUAACCCUUUUUCCGUCUAAACACCGCUCUUCUCUAAUAUUUGUUUCCCUCAGCUGUUCUGUGUAAAUUGUCUUACUUGAUUCAUAAAUACAGUCUCCAAUAACUUAAAUUAGAGUAAAACUCUUAAUUUAUUUAAAACGUUUAGAUAUACUUUUAAGUAACUGUUGUGUCUUUUUGACCAUAGAAAUACUUCUAAACUUGCUUAAUAUCGUUAAAGACUCAUCUUAUUCAUGCCAAUAUAAGUAGCAUCUUCUUUGAUUCUAAGAUCACUCUUUAACGCAAAGGAGACAUUAUUUAUAACAGUAAGAUAGCCAUCAUUUGUAUGAAAAAACGCAACUGUAACAAGUGAAGAAGCCCAAAUUUUCCUCGUCUGUUUUCUGCUCUUUGAAUUGGAAAACCGUUUAAGAAAAAUGUUGGAAGAACCAUACCUAGGAUCUGGUACGAGGAGGAAAUCCAUGGAUCCCGUAAGUCAGCAUAUACACUUAGAUGAACUACCGACUCCUGGUAGCAGAUUUGAACUUCAAGAGUUACUUGGUGUAGGAACUUGCGCUAAAGUUUACGCUGCCACAGAUAAACAAAAAGGAAAUAAAGUUGCAGUAAAAAUAAUAGACAACAUUGCUGAAAACCUGUUGGAAAUAGAAUCGGAAUUCAGAGUUCUUUCAUCGAUUGGUGGUCAGCCUCUCGUACCGGAAUUUCACGGCACUUAUUUACAUUCACCCAAAAAUGCCAAAAAGCAGCUGUGGUUUGUUAUGGAGUUGUGCGAGGGCGUUCCAAUUUCGGAGCUUCUCUUAUGGCUGAGAAAAGAAGGAAAAUCUCUGUCUGAAGAAGAAAUAGGAGCUCUCUUGAAAAUAUUUAUGCUAGCAAUUUAUAACCUCCAUCAAAAUGAUAUUAUUCACCGAGACAUCAGAGCGUCGAAUUUUAUUCUUUCGACUGAGGGUGACAUAAAACUAAUCGACUAUGGUUCUUGUGCUUUAGUUAAAGAAACGGAAGGAAAAACUCAUUCAUCCAUCGGAACCCCUUAUUGGAUGGCUCCAGAGGUUAUUAACUGCGAGCAACUAAUGCCUUAUACCAAGUCUUGCGAUGUAUGGUCUCUUGGAAUCACAGCCAUCGAAUUGGCAGAGACUCAACCUCCUUUAUUUGACAUCCACCCUGUUCGGGCAAUGUUCCAGAUAGCUCGCAACCCGCCUCCAACUCUAAAGAAACUUGCGGAAUGGAGUGAAGAGUUCAAAGACUUUAUCAGUGAAUGCUUAGAAAGAAACGCUGAACAUCGGCCAUGUAUUUUGGAACUUCUCUUACAUCCAUUUAUAUCAGCAGCAGAUGAUAUUAGUAACGAAGCUCUUACGAUGGAGGAACAUUUACAUGCAGAAUUCCAGCCUGUUAUUGGAUCCAAAGUUAAACAGGUGAGUUUAGUGAGUUUACGUUUUUAA